CCAUUCCUGAGUGUAUGUAGAAUACAGUCUACUCUCACCUAGAGCUCACCAGCCCAAAUGGCUGGAGUAGGUGACAGGCAGGCUGGGGCUGCUCCAGGAGGGAGGGACAGGCAGUAGGAGGCCUUGGAGUAAGUCAUCAAGAAACCAGUCAUCUUCUGCCAGUGGGCCUGAGGUAUGACAGUAGGCAAACUUUCUCUGGCUCUCUGCUUGCCUAGUGACAUAUGGGCUGGGGCUGAGCAUAGGUGUGCUGACAGCCCACACCUCUAACAUUGGGACACAGGGACUUGAGGCCUGACCAGGUCUCCAUAUCCUCUCUCCUGCUCAGGAUGCCCACCGUCAUCACCUGAUGAGAAGGAGGCCACAGCCCUGGCAUGAAGCUCCUUCAAGCAGCCUGGCAUCUACCUCUGUCACCCAGGAGGUCCCCCAGCCUGCUGGAGGCCCCAGACCUCCCCGCUGCGGCGUACCUGACCCACCUGAUGGGCUGAGUGCCCGCAACCGACAAAAGCGGUUUGUGCUGUCAGGCGGGCGCUGGGAGAAGACAGACCUUACCUACAGGAUCCUUCGGUUCCCAUGGCAGCUGGUGCGGGAGCAGGUGCGGAAGACGGUGGCAGAGGCCCUACAGGUGUGGAGUGAGGUGACACCACUCACCUUUACUGAGGUGCAUGAGGGCCAUGCUGACAUCAUGAUCGACUUCACCAGGUACUGGCAUGGGGACAACUUGCCAUUCGAUGGACCUGGGGGCAUCCUGGCCCAUGCCUUCUUCCCUAAGACCCACCGAGAAGGGGAUGUCCACUUCGACUAUGAUGAGACCUGGACUAUUGGGGACAACCAGGGUACAGACCUCUUACAGGUGGCAGCCCACGAAUUUGGCCAUGUGCUCGGGCUACAGCAUACCACGGCUGCUAAGGCCCUUAUGUCCCCUUUCUACACCUUCCGCUACCCACUGAGCCUCAGCCCAGAUGACCGAAGGGGCAUCCAGCACCUAUAUGGCCGGCCCCAGCCAGACCCCACCUCUAGGCCUCCAGCCCUGGAACCCCAGGCUGGGGUGGACACCAAUGAGAUUGCACCACUGGAGCCGGAAGCCCCACCAGAUGCCUGUGAGGUCUCCUUUGAUGCAGUCUCCACCAUCCGUGGCGAGCUCUUCUUCUUCAAGGCAGGCUUUGUAUGGCGGCUGCGUGGGGGCCACCUGCAGCCUGGCUACCCUGCGCUGGCCUCUCGCCACUGGCAGGGACUGCCCAGUCCCAUCGAUGCAGCCUUCGAGGAUGCCCAGGGCCACAUCUGGUUCUUCCAGGGUUCUCAGUACUGGGUGUACGAUGGUGAGAAGCCAGUCCUGGGACCCGCACCCCUCUCUGAAUUGGGCCUGCUGGGGUCCCCAGUCCAUGCAGCCUUGGUCUGGGGCCCUGAGAAGAACAAGAUCUACUUCUUCCGAGGCGGAGACUACUGGCGCUUUCACCCCAGCACCCGCCGUGUGGAUAGCCCUGUGCCCCGCCGGGCCACCGACUGGCGAGGGGUACCUUCUGAGAUUGACGCUGCCUUCCAGGAUGCUGAUGGUUAUGCCUACUUCCUGCGUGGCCGCCUCUAUUGGAAGUUUGACCCUGUGAAGGUGAAGGCCCUGGAGGGCUUUCCUCGCCUCCUGGGCCCCGACUUCUUCGGCUGUACAGAGCCCGCCAAUACUUUCCGCUAACUACUGCUUGAAUGCCCUCAGGGCCCCUGACCCCUGCCAGGCCACUGACAUUGCCUAGAGACCCGUGGCCAUCUUUGUGACUGUGGGUACCAGGCACAGAACAGAACCUGUGUCUCCUCAGGGGGAUGGGGAGGGGGUGCUGCCACCAUGACAAGUGCAGGGAAGGCCAUGCAGGUCAUGGUCACCUGUCAGCAACUGUUUCAGACUGGGCUGGGAGGUUUGGCAUUAAGGGUGAGGUGGUCUUGGGCUGGCUCUGCCCCACCUGUGCAGGUCACAGUCAUACCUGCUGCCCUUGCUCUCCAUCCCUGUCCCUCAGGAAAGGACCUCAGCAGGGCUGGGGGAGUUGGAGUCCUUGUUGUCCCUGUUGCAGGGUUCCUGCAGGGUGCUGGCACAUGGAUCUUGGGCCCCCAUGGCCUUCUGCCUUUUCCCAAGAAGUCAGUUCUGGGUAGUUGCUUGGAACUGGCUGCCUUCCAGUUGGUGAUCCUGGAGAUGUUCCCCAAGAUCCAGGCCAGAAGGUUAAGAGUCAGCUGGGGAGAGGGGUGCUUCCUGCUGGAGACCCAAGGCCCUGGAGGCCUCAACAUACCUCAAUCCUGUCAUGUGCUAGAUCUUCCCCGGCCCUCAUCCGAGCACUGAGACCUUUCAAAGCCAUGUAAAUGUGUGUAUAGUGUGUACAAAGCUUUUUUUUUUUUUUUUUUUACUGAGGACUAUCAUUAAACACAGUCAUUUUCUACCUGCCUGCCUGGGGUUUCUCUGACUACGUGGAUAGAAUGGGGAAAGAGCUGGGCUAGGGAAGUGGGAGGCCUGGCUUGGGACCUGCUCUGUUGUGGAAGCCAGAGUAGCAGCCUACCCCACCACUAAGCCUCUGGUUCUUGGGGCUGGGAAAAUGUUUAGGGCCCCUCCUGCUCCAUUCCUCCAUCUUAUGUCACUGGACUCCCUUAGUGGCUUCAUAAAUGGCUCUCUGCUUCCCCUACUUGCCCCUCAGACCCUCAGAUCAUCUUCCACUAAGUGGUGGUCACUUUAUCUGUUCUUGCCAUGCCCCAGCCUCUGUCCCACCAUUGUCAGGACACAGAACAAAACUCGUAUUUACCACAGCCGACCCUUCCUAACUCUCAGGUGUCUCCUUGCCUGCCAUCCAACCCUGUGUGUAUCUCUUCCAUAGUAACACCUACUAUAGCUGCAAUUUUUAUCAGACUUAACCAUAUGAAAUUGUCAGCAGUGGGCCAUUUUUGACCUACUGCAUUGUUCAAGGGGAUACACAGAUGCUUUGACGCUUUCGUUAAUCUCAGUCCUCACCCCCAGCUAUAAGCGUCACAGGACAGGGCUGUCAAGUUUCACCACAGGGCUCAGCUUGUUGCCAGCACAAAGCACAGGGUUAAGGAAUGGAAAAGGUUCCCACCCUUCCAACACUCAUCUGAUGCACUAGCCAAACCAAAUACCACCUGGGCUUUAGAAUCCUGCCAAGUUGGGGAGCCUUUGCCCACGCUACCACCACCCAGUGUAGUCAUUCUGCCCAUUCCAACAGCCACAGGAACAGAUGUGGGCCCAGAACUGAGAUAUCUGUUCCUAGGAGCCCUCUUAUCCGCUCAGCUGAACUGCAUUUUCCGCGUGGAGAAACUGAGGCAUGGUACUUCCGGCCUCCUCCUCGCGUUCAGGUCUCAGUUCGUUCCUCUUCCACUGGACUGAGUUUCAGUCCCAGCUUUAAGACUGGGAAAGCC